UUCGCUUUGCUACAAGCCGUGCUGACAUCAGCUGUGCAACCCACCGCCUUCCAUUCCUUCUACUGUAUCGCCGCCGAUACAGUGAUGUGGUAGUUGUGUAGCCACAGGCCCCGUCACUAGACGCUAGCAGGGAGCGCACUCUGCUCGGACAUUUACGGAGCCACGUCGUAGCGAGGCCAGGCACCCGGAAUCUUUCAAGAAAAUGGCAAGCUCCUCAAAGCAGGCGCCACGCGGUGCCGGAAUUCUGAGUCCGGAGUACAUGGCUUUGCUACAGAGCCUCUGCACUUUGAACCAGCCAACAGUGAACGAUGUCACCGCGAUUUUUCACAGCGAGUUCCGCCGCGCGUUAGGAGGCGGCAGAGCGAGGCCUUCUGUGAGGGCUGAAGGUGCCAGUGCUCAAGCUCCGUCGACAUCCCGUGGAACUCCGUCGACAUCCCGUGGAACUCCGUCGACAUCCCGUGGAACUCCGUCGACAUCCCGUGGAACUCCGUCGACAUCCCGGGGUUCCAAAAAACGCGGCGGCAAGUCCGUUCGUGGCAAAGGUCGUGGCCGUAAGGGUGGUGGAGGUGACGACCCUGAUGAUGACGGCGAAGAAGGUGGGGACGACACCAUCGGCGACGAAGAUGGCUUCCAACGAUCGUGCACGUGGGAGCCUGACAAGCCCUGCUGGCUUUUUGGAGAGCUGGAAGAGUGGAAUCGCCAGCUCGCCAAGUGCUGCUUCGAGCUGCGGGUGCACAAGUGGUCCGAGUUCUCGCUCACAAGUUUCGCCUGGCCCGACAACAAUGCACCGGACUACCCGGACGUGCUUCGGCUUUCAUUGCUGGUGCACUUGCUGCUACGGCAGCACAGAUGCGUGACCCGCGUUGUUGUGGACAUGACAACGUGCACGCUCGAACACAAGAUGUUCUGGCACGCCUUACAGAAUGGCGCCGGUGGCGUCAAAUGCAUUGAGUACCAGGGAACCCUCGCUGAACAACACGGCAUCGCACUUCGGCCUGAGUGCGUUCGGUGGGCUCACUCGGUCUCCGGCAUGACAUCUCUCUGCGCCUUGUACCUCUCAAGUGUCUACUUCGACGCAGAAAUCUCCGAGGCACUGGCCAAAUACGUUCAAGAAACUACCACGCUGGUUACUCUGUCGUUUCAACACAUGAACUCGCAGACUGAAGAUGAUGCCGCGGCCUUUCUGGAAGCCUUGGCUCUGAACAAGACGCUAAGGACAUUUUAUAUUCCACCCGACUUUGUGAUGGCACGAGACGGUGCACCCAUCUCGAAAUUCCUCCGCAACCACCCUACCAUCGACAAAAUUGUGGCGUACGGAUCACAAACCGCUUCCCCGACAGGCCUGCUGGAAGGGGCAAUGAGGAGUGCAAGUCUCAGGAGUCUGCAUGUCAAAUUCUGUACCAUCGACCCCGAGGACCUCCAGGAGUUGGGCUUUGCCCUGACUCGACGUCCGCCGUCUCCAGCCACUGAGGAGGGCACGGCGUCAACGCAGACGAGCCGCCUGGAGAAUCUGACAUUCACCAGCUGCCCCGUCACCUGCCUAAUCAUGGAACACGCCUACGCCUCCCUCAUCGGAGGUGUCCUCCUCAAUCUCACGCUGUCCAAUUGCGCACUGCGAGAGACGUUCACGUCGGCUGCGGCAGUGAAACUGCGCACUGACACCCGCCUGCGCAAGCUCGACAUUCAGCACAACGAAAUCGGCCUCGUUGGGCACCGAACCCUGGUCCGGGUCCUGGAGAUCAACGAGAGUCUGGAAUUACUGGCAUUUUCUAUGAGAGCAGUAGUACCCGCGCCCCAUAUGACUGUCUUCUGCAACGUCAUCCGGGAGCUGAAAGUCUCUGCUCGCCUGAGUAUCAACUGGGUGAACCCCCGCGGACCCGACUUUGCGGAGGCUGUGGACCUGGCCAAGAUCACUUCCGCCUACAUGGAUCUAGAUGACCGGAGCCUCGCGGACGCCACGCCUCUCCUGGAUGCUGUAGCGUCCAGUCGCAGCAUCCAAUCCGCCACAAUUGAGUGCUCCACCCUGACGCUCGAACCUGUGCUUCACAAGCUCGCCGCAGCCAUCGCCUCCACUAGUCACCUCAGAGAUCUGAAGCUGUGCAUCAGGCUACCCGAAGUCCACGCGGUGAACCUCCUUCGGUCACUGGAAAACAAUCGAACCAUCCGUAUCCUUGAAAUGACCAACUUUGUCUUCAGGAAAAGGGCCAUCAAAGCACUGGGCCGAAUGGUCGAGGAAAACCGGGUGAUCAACAUGCUCACGAUUAUCAUCCUUGAAGGAAAGGACUGCUUUAACGAAAUGCGGGCAGUCUGCCGCGAGCUGAAGGAGGCCAUUCUGCGCAACCGUUUCCUCAUCGGCGUCGCUGUGCAAAUGAUCAGGGACAACCAUGCCAGCGACUUCGUCAUCAAGGAUGCUCUGCGGCGUAACAUGCUGUACGUCCACGAGGCCAUCCGCUUCAUCAAUGGCUCCGAUGAAAAGAGCCAUGCGCUGGCCUUCGAAACUCUGCAAUACUCCCAGUCCUUAAAGAUGGUGCUGGCUCUCAACUUGUCCACCAGCGAGGAAGAGGCGGCCCAGAAGAUUGACGAGGCCCGCGAACGGCUUGCUGCCAGCUACUUCAGGCUGACCGGCAUCGUCAGGGACAAAAUAACCUGCAAACAGGACCGCAGGAGGCGAGCCACGCUGGACAAACUUACCGUAGACCUUCUUGCACUCAUCUGCAGUUAUCUCAGUCUGACUGACGUGGUGGACUUGUAAAGCACUCAAAAAGGCUACGUUUACUACGUUUAGUGUUUACUACGUUAGCCCAUUUGGGUGAACAAAUUAUACGCUUCCUUGCAUUCGGGCACAUCAGGUUCAAGCGUUUGCUACAAUCAAUCUUCACAUUGCAUUUUGAGGCCCGCUAGUGCUUCAGUGCGUCAGCUACGAAACCAAACUUUCUCUUCGCGCAGCAUCACCUCAUCCCCAAUGCACCAUUCUAAACAGCGCGUUUGUGUGUUAUCGUCUUGGAAACAAAGUUAAUUUACCAUAACAUUUUUAUCGCCACGUUUUUCGGCAUUUCUUAACACCUGUAAAGUUUGUUUGGGACCGCGAUUACUAUUUCGUGGCUUUAACGCGUGCUCUCCAAUCACACUGGCUUACUAACUUAUGCGUGAAAACGGGUUGGCCGUAUUUCACCGUCGUUGCGCGCGUGCAAUGUUUAUUUUACUUUAAAUAUGCCUCACUGGUGUAUCAGCGCUCAUUUUAUGCGUCCAUGUGUGGCCUUUAUGGAUGUCUUGCGGAGUCUUUACGAUCCGUACACUUUCCCGAUUCAUGGUAGUUGUAGCAGUAUGUAUAUUAUUGGUCCAAAUGCAAUAGCGCUUCAGCAUGGGUUUCCACCCCAUUUUUAUGUUCUUCAUGUCUAAACGCGAGCAUUCUUUAGACAUGUUAUUGGUAUUUGGCUCUCUAAUAAAUGUUAAGUGCAAGAAGUCA